AUGGUCGCUCUUGCCACAAUGAACAGGACUCUCGGCACCGCCGCCCCGACCGCGGGUGGCAGCCUCAAACGCAAGCAAAUCGACAACUCGUCCGACACCGAGAACGCGACCCCAGACACGCUCAAACGCCGCCGAGUCACUUUCCACCCCGAAGUCAACGUGCGGAUACUGAGCGAGCACCACGAGAAGAGUCUGGAGCUGGUGGGGGAGGAGGUGCGGCGCGCCAUCGAAAGGCAUGCGACCGGCGACAAGGCGGCCUACGAUGGGCUCAAAGCCCUCUUCAAAGAAGCACCAACGUCCACAGGUGCACCGCUAUCGCGACUUUUGCAAAAAUACCUCAUCGCACUCACCGAACACACGCCAAAACUCGACGGCAACUGCAAGGGCCUGGUGCAUGCCGUCAUCGAUUGCAGUUGGAUAGCGCGUAACGAAGACUUCCUGCGCUCCUACCGAAUGUUCCUGCGCAGGCUGCUCUCGGUGCAGUCGAGCUACAUGUCGACCGUGCUACAGAUGCUGGUCGACAUGUUCCUGAGUGCGCCUUCCGUCAACGCCAGGCAGCAGGACGACCCACCGAUCCAAAGAGUCCGCCUACAAGCACGCGUACACGAGACCCUCGUAGGCAUAUUACAGUACAGUCCGAUGGCGAGUUCCUUCCUCGCGCCCGUCAUCUCUAGCACCUUCCCCUUCUCCAACGACACCGCAAAGGUCCACGUCGAGUACAUCCGGAACAUCUUCAAGGUCACAGAGUACGCGCCGGAAAUCAGAGGCGAGAUCUUGGCACUCGUGACGGACAAGCUAUGCAAGAUCGACGCGCAGAUGCAGGUAGACAUGGAAGAGAUUGACGACGACUUGGAGGAGCGACUUAUGGACGGGGCCAUCAACGAUGAGGAAGACGACGACGACGACGUGAGCGAUGACGGCUCCGAAUCGAGUGAGGAGAGCCUCGACCCGGAAGAGCAGCGACUCAAAGACAUCAAAGACAUGAUGCUCAAGCUCGACACCGUCAUGGACGUGCAGUUCUCCUACUACGACUCCGUUUUCGAACGGAACGACUAUCAAGAGAUGGAUCGCACCUACCAAACCCUCAUCGCGCAGUUCCAGUCCAUCAUCAUCCCGACCUACCGCUCACGGCAUACUCAAUUCGUGCUCUUCCACUUCAGCCAGAUCUCGACAGAAUUCAUGGGGCGGUUCAUAGACACCUGCUCGCACCUGGCUAUAGAUAAGAACCGACCCCCGCUACUACGCUCAGCCGCAUGUGCCUACCUCGCCUCCUACAUCGCGCGCGGCGCGCACGUUCCUGGCUCCAUUGUUCGCGACGUCUUCGACACACUAUGCUCCCAGCUUGAGGACCAGCGAAAAGCACACGAGCCCAAGUGCAUCGGCCCAGACCUACGCCGCUACGGCACAUACUACGCCAUCGUACAGGCACUGCUAUACGCCUUCUGCUUCCGAUGGCGCGAUCUCAUCGUCACACCCGACGGCACGUUGCCCACCGACGCAGACAUCAUGUACCACGAAGGCGACUUCCAGUGGCACCGGUCGACCCUCGAAACCAUACGCCGCAACAUCUUCUGCAAGCUGAACCCACUCAGAAUCUGCGCACCGGAAAUCGUCAAGCAGUUCGGCCGCAUCGCCAAGCACCUCCGCUUCACAUACAUCGAUACGCUGGUAGAGACAAACAAGCGUGUACGACUGUCCCGCAGUCUGGCCAGUGGGUACCUCAACGGUAUCGGCGGCCGAGAGACUGCUCUCACAAGCAAGAAGGGCGAGGAGGCCUUCCUCCUGGACGCAUACUUUCCCUUUGACCCAUACGUGCUUCCACGGAGCAAGCGCUGGGUCGAGCACGACUACGUAGCAUGGCGACCGGUUCCCGGUAUGCCCGUCGAAAAAGACGAUGACGAUGACGAUGAGGAGGAGGACGACGACGAUGACGAUGACGAUGCUGAUGAUGACAGCGACAGCACAUCAGAGGCGGAAUCCGAGGACGAAGAUGGCGUCGCAAACCCCGACGACCUUGACGACGGUAGUACGGAAGCUAGUCUAUGA